CCUCCUAUCCUAGAUCACUUUAUCACGAGUUUGCUUUGAUUUGCCCCCAACAAAGAAAAGAAAAAAAAAUUAAACAUAAAUAAAAAGAUUGCAAGUAUUGGAGCCUAAUUUAAUGUUAAAGAAUCGUUUGGACAGUUUUCAUUUUUCUUCAACCUGCGGAGAGUUUCCCACCAACGGAACCAAACGCGACCCUCUCUCACAUAAUUCAUUUAUGGACAUAAUGGACGUGGAUUUUUUCACAGAGGGUGUAUUAGAAGAAGAUAUUUUUGAAGCUGAUGUUAAUAAUGAUGAUUAUUCUACUUUGGAGGGCGAAAGAUGUGGGAUAUGUAUGGAUGUGGUCAUUGACAGGGGACUCCUAGAUUGCUGUCAACACUGGUUCUGUUUCACAUGCAUUGACAACUGGGCUACCAUCACAAAUCUUUGCCCACUUUGCCAGAAUGAAUUUCAGUUAAUCACUUGUGUACCUGUAUAUGAUACCAUUGGAAGCAACAAGGUUGACGAGGACUUGUUAUCCAGAGAUGAUGAUUGGUGCGUUGAAGGGAUGAAUAACACACUUUCUUUUCCAUCAUACUAUAUUGAUGAAAAUGCAGUUAUCUGUUUGGAUGGAGAUGGCUGCAAAAUUCGAAGUGGAUCAGCAACAAUUGGGGAAGAUCCAAAUCUUGAUACAUCAAUUGCUUGUGAUUCAUGCGAUAUGUGGUAUCAUGCUUUUUGUGUGGGAUUUGAUCCUGAAGGCACUUGUGAGAAUUCAUGGUUAUGCCCAAGGUGUAUAGCCAAUGAAAACACACAAAAGUCAGAUGUGACCCCAAUAGUGAGGCCAAGUAACCAGUGUGGUCUACAGAAUGCUAUCAGUGAAUGUUUGGUUGAAGCUGCUUUUUCUGGAAAAGUGUCUGUAUCUGUUGCUGAUGCUGGAGAGACAGCUGUUGUGGUUUCAAUGGUUGAAGACAAUCAAGGGACUGAAGGAUCAGGUGAGAAAAAAUUAUCAACGAUAGAAGUUAAUGAGGACCUGAAUGUUGAAACUUUGAAAUCUAGUUCUAGUACCAGCACUUCCAACUUGGAAACACCAUCAAGUGAGAAAACUAGCAUCCAAUUGAAUUCAGAGGCACAGGAACUAAAGCCAUCCUCAUCACGAGAUACAUCCUUUAUUUUACCUUCUAUUUCAUUGGGCCUUGGUGAGCUGAAGACAGAUUCUGCUGAUAAAGCGAUUAAUAUAUCAAAUGGCUUUAAUGGGGUUGGAAUUUCUUCAACGACGUUGUUUGAUGAACCAUGUCAAUCCAGUGUAGAUCUAAAUCUUGGUUUAUCUGUGGGCUUUUCUUUGCCUGUUGACAACAUUGAUGUGGAUGAAGAUCAGGUGGCUGGAGAUAUGCUGCAGAAGAGUAUUUCAGAAGAAUGUCUGCUACCAGCUGGCAAGAUUGUCUCUAAUACUAUGGCCAAUGUUGUUGCAGUUACUGGUGCAAAGAGAAAGCGUGGAAAUUGCAGCGAUGAUGUCUGUCCAGCUGCUGAGGAUGCAGAAACCAAAGCUAAAACUGAGCUGAAGGCUUUGAAAAAGAAAUCCAGAGCUGAAGGAAAUGGUCAAAUAAUUCAUUUGAAGGACCAAGCUGAUGGACCUGUUUCAGAUGAAUCGCAAAAAUGUUGGAGUCUAAUAGCAGCUUCUAGAGAUGAGAAGUUGAUACGCAAGUCAGAAAAGAAGAAUGUCACUUCCGAUAUAAUGAGUAUAGUUCAAGGGACUGAUCGUAGACCUCUCAAGGGGCUUGCAAGCCCCAGUCCUGCUGAUAAGUCCUCAAAAGAAAGAGAAAGCGCAGCAGGCUUGAGGGUUAAAAAGAUCCUAAGGAGAGCCACCGAGGACAAGGAAUCAUCCAUGCUAGUCCAGGAACUGAGAAAAGAAAUUAGAGAAGCUGUACGUAACAAAUCCUCCAGAGAAUUUGGGGAAAAUGAUUUUGAUCCAAAGCUUCUAGCUGCUUUCAGGGCUGCUGUGGCGGGACCUAUAACUGAACAAAGUAAGAAGUUACCACCUAUGGUUGUGAAGGCGAAGAAGUCAUUGUUGCAGAAGGGAAAAAUACGCGAAAAUCUAACGAAAAAGAUAUAUGGGAUUGGUGGAAGGCGAAGACGAGCAUGGACACGUGACUGUGAAAUCGAAUUCUGGAAAUACCGCUGUUUGAAAAUUACCAAGCCUGAAAAAAUUGCGACACUAAAGUCGGUUCUCAACCUUUUAAGAAAGAGUUCUGAAGGCGCAGAGAUUAAACAGGGGAUUGAAGGCGAGGCCACAAACUCUAUUCUGUCAAGGUUGUAUUUGGCAGAUAAUUCUGUUUUCCCUCGAAAGGAUGAUAUCAAGCCUCUCUCUGCUCUCAAAGCUACCAGACAUCCCCAGGAGAAUAAAGAACACUUUUUAACAGAAAAAGCUUCUACACCGUCUCUGGGUAAUAACACUGUGAAAACUCUUCAAAUGAAUAAGGUUUCGUCACAGGUGGGUGUUCUUUCUUCUGAUAACAAACGGAAUAAGAUUGCUAAUGUUCCAAGCAUAAAGGGUGAAGCUGCUUCUAGUAAAGUACAUCCUAACAAAUGCCCAGAAGGGCCAUCUGUAUCUUCAUUAGGUGGUUCUGAAGGAAAUUCCCAGAAGGAAGUUAUUGGUAAAUCUGAUGAUGUAAAGAGUGAUAAAAGGAAAUGGGCCCUAGAGGUUCUUAAAAGAAAGACUGCAGUGACAGGAAGCAAUGCAUCUCAGGAAAAAGAGGAAGACAAUGCCGUACUCAAAGGAAACUAUCCUUUACUAGCUCAGCUACCAGUUGAUAUGAGGCCAGCAUUGGCACCCAGUCGCCAUAAUAAAAUCGCCAUAUCCGUUAGGCAGGCACAACUUUACCGUCUCACAGAGCACCUUCUACGGAAAGCAAAUCUGCCAGUCAUUCGAAGAACUGCAGCUACAGAGUUUGCUGUUGCAGAUGCAGUUAAUAUCGAGAAGGAGGUUGCUGAUAGGUCAAACAGCAAGCUAGUAUAUAUGAAUCUAUGUUCUCAGGAGCUGUAUCGCUCAGAUAACACCAAGUCCAGGAUUGCCACAGAAUCAAAUUCGUCCUCAAAUGAAGCUGUUCCUGCUGGCACGUUAGAGCAAGCAACCAAUGAUCUCUCUCCUGUUCCAGUGGUUGAAGAAGCAUUGAGAAAUGCAGGCCUUUUGUCCGAUUCCCCUCCAAAUAGUCCACAUCACCAAAUGGAGGAAAUCAUUGAUGAAGAUGAUCCGUCAAGGAAGUUUAGUGAGGAAGGACCAAAUGAUGUAUUUGAAAUGGAUCCUCAUCCUGACCUUGAUAUAUAUGGUGAUUUUGAAUAUAAUUUGGAAGAUGAAGACUUUGUUGGUGCUAGUGCUUUAAAAGUAUCUAAUCUAAAAACCGAAGGAGAAUCACAAAUCAAAGUGGUUUUCUCCACUCUCAAUUCUGAUAGAUCAAAUAAUGACCUGGAUCUUGAAAAGAAGACGAUUUCUGAAGUAGCCAAAGGUGGUUCUUGCUCAAGUGAGUGCAAUACUGAUGCAAGCAUCAGUACCACUACUGCGGACGGGUGCCUUCCUCAAGAUUCCUUACUUGAUGAAGGAGGUGAAGAGCCUUCUCUUGCAUUAUGUGACGAAUUAUAUGGCCCCGAUAAAGAACCUUUGAUAAAAAGGUUUCCAGAAAUGGCAUCAAUGAAGCCCUGUGAGCUGAAAACUGAUGACAUGGUUCCAGAGAAUUCACUCGGUUGUCCACAAACAAGUGAAAAUGGACCAAAGAAGGAGAUAUCUAACACCGAUAUCAAGAAACAGGCUGAUAACUGCAAUUCUGUAUCAAAAAAGGUGGAAGCUUAUAUUAAAGAGCACAUCAGGCCGCUGUGCAAGAGUGGUGUGAUCACAGUCGAACAAUACCGGUGGGCUGUGGGGAAAACGACUGAUAAAGUUAUGAAAUACCACUCCAAAGAGAAGAAUGCAAAUUUCCUCGUCAAGGAAGGUGAGAAGGUGAAGAAACUUGCUGAGCAAUAUGUUGAGACUGCCCAGAAAGAUGAAAAAUAAUUCAGUUUUUAGACUUUAAAUGCUGCCAAACAACUCUUGUUUACACUUUACACUGCUUAGCUUGGGCUCCUCUGUUUUUUUUUGUUUUUUUUUCUCCUUAUUCCACAUUUAGUAUUUUGUAGACAAUCAUAUAACUACUCAACUGAACAUAUCCUGGACGGAACAAUUGUACAGAGCAAAAAUUUUUUGAUUCAGAAAUUGAGGAACUAAGCUACACUACUGUGUUGUAAAUUAUAUAGUGAAAUGUUGAUGUAAUUUUUUUUUUUUUUUCUUGGCAAGAAAUAUACACACUCAUUUGUUUU